CGCCAGCCCGCUUUCCGCCUUCUCCUGCCGCGGCUCCUCACGCGUGGGAGUGAGUGCUUCGCGCGCCCGCCUGGGGUCACGGGCUCCGGGCAUCUUCGGCCAGCGAGCCCGAGCGGAGGGAGGUGCAGGAGCACUCGCAAGGGGCGGAGGCGGGGAAAGGAGCGGGCGAGGCGGAGGCGAGGGAGCGGAGGGAGGGGACCGUGGAGAGGGAGGGACCCGCCUGCCGCGCCCUGGCCGCUCGGCAUGUGUGGCUGCAGGCGCCGGUUGUCGCUGCUGUCCGGGGGCUGAGCCGCGCCCGGGUGUCCAGGGCAGUGUGUGUGUGUCCGCGCGGGCGAGUGCCGCGCCGGCCCCGAGCCUCCCGCUCGCUUCCCCGGGCCGCGGUGCAUGUUCGCCUCCUGCUACUGUGUGCCGAGAGGCAGGAGGACCAUGAAAAUGAUCCACUUUCGGAGCUCCAGCAUCAAAUCGCUCAGCCAGGAGAUGAAAUGCACCAUCCGGCUGCUGGACGACUCGGAGAUCUCCUGCCACAUCCAGAGGGAGACCAAAGGGCAGUUUCUUAUUGACCACAUCUGCAACUACUACAGUUUGCUGGAGAAGGACUACUUUGGCAUUCGUUAUGUGGACCCAGAGAAGCAGCGGCACUGGCUUGAACCUAACAAGUCCAUCUCCAAGCAAAUGAAAUCUCAUCCACCAUACACCAUGUGCUUUAGAGUGAAAUUCUACCCACAUGAACCCUUGAAGAUUAAAGAAGAGCUCACCAGGUACCUUUUGUACCUGCAAAUUAAAAGAGAUAUUUUCCAUGGUCGACUGCUCUGCUCCUUUUCAGAUGCUGCCUACCUGGGUGCCUGUAUCGUUCAAGCUGAGCUUGGUGAUUACGAUCCUGAUGAGCAUCCUGAGAAUUACAUCAGUGAAUUUGAGAUUUUCCCCAAGCAGUCUCAGAAGCUGGAAAGAAAAAUAAUGGAAAUCCAUAAAAAUGAACUCAGAGGGCAGAGCCCACCGGUUGCUGAAUUUAACUUACUCCUAAAAGCUCACACUUUGGAAACCUACGGGGUGGAUCCUCAUCCAUGCAAGGAUUCAACAGGGACAACAACAUUUUUAGGAUUCACUGCUGCAGGCUUUGUGGUAUUCCAGGGAAAUAAGAGAAUCCAUUUGUUAAAGUGGCCAGAUGUCUGCAAAUUGAAGUUUGAAGGGAAGACAUUUUAUGUGAUUGGCACCCAGAAGGAGAAAAAAGCCGUGUUGGCAUUUCAUACUUCAACACCAGCUGCCUGCAAGCAUCUUUGGAAGUGUGGGGUGGAGAACCAGGCCUUUUAUAAGUAUGCAAAAUCCAGUCAGAUCAAGACAGUGUCAAGCAGCAAGAUAUUUUUUAAAGGAAGUAGAUUUCGAUAUAGCGGUAAAGUUGCCAAAGAGGUGGUAGAAGCCAGCUCCAAAAUCCAGAGAGAGCCCCCAGAGGUGCACAGAACAAAUAUUUCUCAGAGCCGCAGCUCCCACUCCUUGAACAAGCAGCUCAUCAUUAACAUGGAGCCCCUGCAACCCCUGCUGCCUUCCCCCAGCGAGCAGGAAGAAGAACUUCCACCAGGUGAGGGUGUUCCAUUGCCCAAAGAAGAUAUCUCUGCCCCCUUGAUCUCCAGCUCACCAGUGAAGGAAUCCCACGAGUAUGAAGAGCCAUCAAGUGAAGAGGAAGAUAAAAUAAAAGAAGAACCCUUGACAAUCUCUGAACUGGCAUACAACCCAAGUGCCAGCCUACUCCCUACCCCGGUUGAUGAUGAUGAGAUUGACAUGCUCUUUGACUGUCCAUCUAGGCUGGAGUUGGAAAGAGAAGACACAGAUUCAUUCGAGGAACUGGAAGCAGAUGAAAAUGCCUUUUUAAUGGCAGAAGAAGAGGAGAUGAAGGAGGCUCACCAAGCUUUGUCAUGGAGCUAUGACAUUCUGAGUGGCACUAUUCGGGUGAACCCACUGGUCAAGAGUUUUUCCCGGCUCCUUGUGGUGGGCCUGGGCCUGCUGCUCUUUGUAUUUCCCCUGCUCCUCCUCCUUUUGGAGUCAGGUAUUGAUCUCUCCUUCUUAUGUGAAAUCCGCCAGACGCCAGAGUUUGAGCAGUUUCACUAUGAAUACUACUGUCCUCUCAAGGAGUGGGUGGCUGGCAAAGUCAACCUCAUACUUUACAUGUUGGGUUGCUCAUAAAGCUCAUUUCUCAUAUGACUAAGGGCUAUAUUCAAUACUAGUGAUUUGUUGUUUUUUUUUUUUCCAGCAAAUGCCUGGUUCUGAAUGGUCAUGGGACCAUCAAUAGGUAUUCUUACUCAUAACUGAUUAUUCAGAGCUUUAAGUUAGCUUUCCAUAAUUCACUGCAAGUAAGUUUAAAUCAAACACAGUUAUUUUAGUUAUAGGUCAGGAAGAUGACCUCUAAAUAACCAAAAACAUGUUUAUUUUUUAUUAUAGACAUACUCUUUAUCUAUUAUAAUACAUUGAGCUGAAUUAGACUUUUUUUUUUUAAUAGCACCAUUACAAGCUAUAAGGUUCAGAAUCAAGAGUUUUAGUAAAAACCCAAGGGAAAGUUUUUUGAAUAUAAUCCUUAGUGAGAACAAUGUCCUCUAACCAAUGCCUAUACAACUAAAUUUAUGCUGGGCUUUUGUUUUUGUUUUUUUUAAAAAUAUUUUUAUGUGUUCAAAAUAUUUUGGUAAAUUUUUAGCAAAAAAAAAAAAAAAAGGAGCUUCCUGGAGUUAUUUAAGUGUACAGAUUGUAAGACUAAUGCACAAAGGAUAUGUCAGGAAUUUUUAAUGUCUUGGCACUGGUUUGUUUUUUAAAAUAUUUUUGGCUGAACAAUCACAUAAUUGUUAUUAUCUGCAUAUGAGAUAGAAAAAUAGGUAGAAAAACACUGUAGAAAAUAAGCUCCUGAAACGGAUGAUGGAACUGGAGGAAGUAGAAAUGGAGAGCAUCAAGAGGACACAGGGUGGUCCAUUUUUCAAAAUAUUUGGACAAGAUGACUUGUUACUUUCAUUUGCAUUCUGUCCAUAUAUGUUAGCUGAGGCAAUGGAAUGUUUUUAAGAGAAAGUAAAAUUUUUAAAGGAAAAUAGUGAAAGGAGAUGCUAGUUAAUUGUGUAUUAUUGUACAUUAACCCAAGAGUGGAAGCAAAUGGGAACUGGAAAAACGGCAAGUAGCCAAAUGAGUUCUGAUGAGACUGAUAGGCAAGUGGUGGCAGACAAAUGAUUUAUGAAAGUGAUGGUGAUGCAAGGUACUGGAUGAUGUAAAGAACAGUAAACUCGCUGUCCAAGUGGACAUGAAUAUGUCUAAGUGAAUCUAGAUAAAAGUGGGGAAACUUGAAGGCACAUUUUUUUAAUCCCUCAUGCCAUUCAUUGAGAUUCUGUGGAAGAAACUUUAAAAGAAUUCUAUACGUGUGUGAAGGAGAGAGCAAGAGAGUCAGAAGGAAUGUGAGGAGAAUGAUCUUGGCUUUUUACCAUUUCAGCUUGGAUGAAGUAGUGAAAUGACCCCAUAACUAGAUAGUAAGUGGGACAAACGCUCUCGUACCUUCCUUCAUGCCACUGAAUCCAUGACAGAAAGAAAGGCUCUGAAGCCUUCCACGCAGAGUACAUACCAACACUGUGAAAGAAGAGAGUACAGUACAGAGCGUAGGGCACAGAGCAUAGUGAUUUUUCCAUAAAAUGUAAAUGAAGACAUGGAAUGUUUUCAUGGGAUGGGCUACCUAUAAUCUCUCCUAACUUCAGCUCUACUAUUGGUAUAAUUUCCAAAAUGGCCAUUCCAGUCCUACUCAUUCAUGGAGCCCUGAGUGCUUUAUUAGACAUUUAAUUUUGUAAAUAAAUUUUUUAAAGUCAGCUCAUGAAGACUUCAGUUGAGCAAACUAUAUUAUAAUUUGCUAUUCAGUUUACAGGGUGGUCUUUCUCAUGUGCAUUGAGUGACUGAUUUUUUCUUUUUUUCUGAUUUUUCUUUUAAAUAAAGAUUAUUUGAUACCUGAAAUUUGAUACCAAUAUAGAAAUAUAUUUUCUGUAGGUUAUUUGGGAAGUUUGCAAAUGAUCAGCUUUGAAAUUGAAGUGGUUCCCCCCCUUGUUUAUGACUUAAAGUCAUAUCUUCUGACAUAAGGAUGUGCCAGUAGAGUCUGCAGAAAAUUAGUUCCCUCUUCUAAUCAUGCUUAAUCUCGUUUUCUUUGAAGUUCUAACCAUAACAAAUCAUCCAGCCCUUGCCCUUUUACAUUAAUAUUAAGUAACAUUUUAAAUUUAUAGAAUUAAUAUAUUAUGCAUCAUAAAACAUUGAAAAACGCUGACAGGAUAAACAUCACACAUAGUCUAGCCAAGUGGAUUUAUACUAAGGAGUAAUGACUAUAUAAUUUUAACAUUUCCAGCUAACAUCUCUUAGGCAAAAACUUCACUGUUGAAUAGAAAUAGUUUUAAGUGAAGGACCUGACAGGAUAAGGUCUGCUGAAUUUAAACACCAGCUACCCCAAAAGUAAAACUCAGGUCCUGAAAUGCCAUUUUGUCAGGACAGAUCAGUCUUUUAGAAAUACUCGCUUUUCUUAGAAAACAGUCACCAGUUGCCUGAAUCAAAGAGGAGAAGACUGCUUCCAAAGGUAGAAGAUAUAUAAUAUAGUAAGAUACAGAAUUGAAAGCAAGUGUGUGAGUAUAUGUAUAUUCCAUAUUAUUGGUAUAUACGUGUUUAUAUAUGAAUAUGUGUAUAUAUGUGUGUUUGUAUACACACAACUGCUAUGCCCUUCAUACACAGAUGUUUUUAUUUAUCCCCAAUUGAGGAAUUUGUGACAUGGUAUUAUUCAUUUUCCCUCUCUGAUAACAUAGUGGAUAAAACCCACAGUCUCAAAGGUUUCAAUUUUCCAUGAAAACUACUGUGUGUACAUUUGUGGUUUUAUAUACACACACAUAUGGCAAAUACAUAUACACACACAAUCUUUAGUGCUAAUGCAAGUUGGAUAUGAAAAAAAUGUAGGUGAAGUAUUGUGUAUUUCUGUCUGUGCUUGGAACAUAUUGUAAACUGUUAUGUAUCUGGAACAUAUUUUGUGGUUUGUCUAAUAUAAAGACAACUCUGGGAAGAAGUCAAAAUGAUUGAUUUCACUGAAAAACUAGAGAUCUGGGGGCCACGUUACCUAUGGUUGGAGCCUUAUCUUUGUACAGUGAAAUUUGCAUUUCUGUGUCAACAUCCAGAUUGUUUUAUAUGUUAAUAUGGUGGCAGGAAUCCCUAAUAAAAAUACUCUGGGGAAAAAAUGUUUCUGCAAUCAUUCAGUUUUAUUCAAAGUAAAGUUGUAUAAAUAGCCUGUUGGAAAAUACAGAAAGGUACCAUCUGGUGCCAUGAAAUGAGGUCACCCUUGAAUGGUGAUACUAUGAAAAGAAUGGCUAAUGGAUGGGAUUAACACUUUGCAGAAGUCACCCAUGCUAAAAGGCAAAAUAUUGAAUGCACUGGAAAUGCAUCCAAAUAUAGAAGACAGUAUAGUUAGUGGCAUCAAGAUAGAAAAGCACAGGAAAAAAAACAGAAAAGGGGUUUUUUCUGUGACAGGUAGGUGGGAGGACUUCAGGGUGCUAGCAGUAGGUCCUUACUUCCUGUGCCAAAGAGAGCUACGUCAGACUCGACUCUGCAAGACGUGCCAUUAAACGUCUAUCGGUUCACAGGCCCUGGAAGAAUUUUCCUAUCCUACUCCUGUCUUCCCUGCAUGUGUGGUCUAAAAGGCCCUCUUGCUUUGGUUUGGCACAAAGCUA